CUGUACCACUCUAAUCUUAGCCAUUCCGGUGUUCCUGUACACCCACUUCAGUUUCAGAGAUACAUUAGAUCACUUGGCGUUGAUAAUGAUUGUCAUGUAGUUAUCUAUGAUCGAGGACAAAUGAUCUGGAGCACCUAUGCGGCAUGGGUUUUCAAGCUGUUCGGCCACCAAAAGGUUUCCAUUCUGAGCGGUGGUUUUUUGGCAUGGAAGACACAAAUGGCGCGUUCGUCUCAAUAUCACACUGAAAGUGGGGAUGAAUCACCUUUGGGACAAGGGAACUUCCUCUCCUCAUGGAAUCAAUCGCUAGUGAUCACUUUUGAUGAUGUGCUUUUGAAUACGGAAAUACAAAAUUAUGACAUCGUUGAUGCCCAAGCUAAAGAUGCUAACAAAUCAUAUUCGCGCUUACAGGAGUUCUCCGGCGAAGCAUCAGGUGCCCUUUAUGGUCAUAUAAAGGGAGCUGUGAAUAUCCCUGUCGAC